AUGUCGUCGUCGUCGAUGUCUGUCGACGACGUCACAAGCAGUAGAAAGACGACUGCAGUUGGCGGACUAAGGUUCCAGAAGAAGCCCAACAAAGAUGGAUCUGAAGCUAUUAACUCCUCAGCAGCUACCAGCAACGUCGCUCAUCCUUCCUUUGUCCCUCCUCCGCAGUCCCGAGAUGCUACGGCACCAGCGCGAUACCAUCCUCCAGCGACUCCGUCACGAGGCAUAGUCCUCGUCCCCAAUUCUAGCCCUCUACCUCAAGAUGCAAGUUAUCAUCAGCCUUACCGACCACAUCAUCUCCAGUACGCUCAAGGUAGUUCCUCAACGACUGGCCCUAAUCAUCCCAAUCUGUGGGGUCAGUCCGGUCCCUCAGCCGUGCCCGACGUCCUGUCCUCAUCAAGUGGGUUUGUCCACGGUGGUGCUUCUGCUCACGCGUCAUUCACGCGUCAGUCGCGUCCAUGGGCUGGAGAUGUGAGACCGUUAUCGGAAGUUGAAAGUUUUGGGGAUGAAGGUCCACCGAGAAAGCGUAUAAAUCGCGGAACACCCUCUGACUCUCUACCGCUCGGGAUGGUAACCCCUGGCUCUCCAGAUAUUCAACAUCCAGGGCAAAGGCGAAAACAGAAUGUGAAUGCAGAAAGGCAGUCGCACUCGUCAGAUGAAUCGAUGCUGGACGUCAGGUCAUCACUGGAAGGACCCUCGAAGCGGAUCGUUCGUGGCCAGCGCCCAGACCACACUGACUCAUAUGUGUUCACUGUAUUCCAGCUUUCGCACCCUGGUCAUGACCUAGCUACCCUCAAGGCUGCUUGGAAUGAAGCUAAUGGGAAUGACAACAAGGCAUCCUUGCUCCUCUCCGAUUCGUCAUGGAAGCCCCAAUCCAUAUCUACUCCAUCUAAUUCUGCCAUCGCCAUGAAAGCACCGUCUAUGCCAGCGCCAGAACCACCUACUGUCGAGAAUACCGGGAGAGUGGAAGAGGUCGAUGAAGCUACCAAAACUCAGCGCGCUGCUCUCCGGGAGAAGGCCAAGAAAUCAUCCAUCUAUGCUAACAGAGCUACAUUAGAUACCACACGGUCCCCUGCGAUUCCCAACAUCCCUAUAUCCAGAGCUAUGUCACCUGCAUCCCCAUCCACACCUGCCAUCAUGGCCCCACGCCGCAAGCGACCAAAGAAGUUGAUCCUCUCCGACGACGAGGCCGAGGCCAGUGAAAGCGAGGAGGAGCUUCCACGAAGUCGGCAGAAUGGAGAAAUUUCUCGGGAGAGGGCAGCGUUUGAGUAUUUCAACCAGGCCAAUGCAGACGCUAUUCAGGAAUUAACUGGUAAAUCUUUUCUAUUGCUAUCUCUAUCAAGUGCAGCUGCUAAGAUCACAAAAGGUUGCACCCCAGAGCAAGCACAGAAGAUCAUCGAGCUUCGGCCUUACUCUUCAAUAGCGGACCUCAACACCAAACUUAACCAAGGCAAGAAAAAGGCAGGACCAUCUGGAAUCAGCCCCCGCAUGUUCGAAGACUGCCAGGAGAUCCUUCAAGGCUAUGACACUGUUGAUGGCAUCCUUGAAGAGUGCGAGAGAAUUGGUUCGACUUUGCGCGCCGCUAUUGCGACUUGGACUACGGAAGAUUCGUUAAGCAAAGGCAAAGGGAAGGAAGCGUCACUAGCCCUGGACCAAAUUGAGGAAGGCUCGUUGAGUCUACGUGCAUUGAAAAUAUCAAACGAUGCUGCAUCCAAGGGCUUCAUCUCAUCUCAACCCUCAAUGAUUGCGGAAGGCAUAACGCUUAAGGACUAUCAGCUUCUUGGGAUCAAUUGGCUGUUUUUGCUCUAUCGGAAAAAACAUAGCUGUAUUCUGGCCGAUGAAAUGGGUCUCGGAAAGACCAUACAAGUCAUCAGUUUCUUCGCUCUGCUCAAGGAACGUGGAAACUUUGGCCCGCAUCUUGUCAUUGUGCCAUCGUCAACGCUGGAAAACUGGUGUCGAGAGUUCGCUCGGUUCGCACCUUCGAUAUCAGUGCAAACUUUCUAUGCUGGCAAAGAGGAGCGAGCAAACUUGCGACAGAUGCUGAUAGACACACGGCGGGGAUCAAGCAAGAAUGGUACGGGGUGGGAGGUGCUAAUCACCACUUACAACCUUGCACAAGGUGACGACAAGGACCGCAAGUUUUUCAGGAAAAUGGAGUGGGACACUAUCGUUUUCGACGAGGGACACGUCUUGAAGAAUUUCCAGUCCCAGCGUUAUCAGGCAUUACUCAAAUUUGAAGCAAAAUGGCGACUCCUUUUAACGGGCACUCCUUUGCAGAACAACCUUCAAGAGUUAGUGUCAUUGAUGAACUUCAUCCUUCCGGGUAUGCUCUCGGAAAAGCUAGAGAUCUUGCGAGCGAUCUUCAAAACGAAGGGUGAUGCUAAGGUUACAUUACUUUCUCAGGAGCGUAUUUCAAGAGCUAAGAAGAUGAUGACGCCGUUUGUCCUUCGACGGCGCAAGGAUCAGGUUCUAAAGGACCUUCCGCUAAAGACCGAGCGGAUAGAAUGGUGCGAUAUGACCGAUAUACAGCGAUCGAUAUACCACGACGCUUUGCAACGCUCGCGAAAAACGAUAUUGGACGCAGAAGGUCCUACCCCCGAUGCAUCAGGUACAACGACUCCAGUCACGAAUGGCAAAGCUGUCAAAAAGAAGGCGAAAGCCAAUCAUCGUGCCAAAGACAAAUACCUGGAAAACAGCUCCAACGUGCUCAUGGAUUUACGCAAGGCAGCCUCACAUCCUAUGUUAUUCCGCAAGCUGUUCGAUGAUCAGGCGUUGACUUCAAUAGCGAAACAACUGCUCAAGGAGCCAGAAUUCAAGAAGCGAGGCGCAGUCUUCGAGUAUGUCAAAGAGGAUAUGGAAGUCAUGACCGACGCAGAGCUUCAGUUUUUCUGCCAGGGCUAUAAGUCGACGCGAAAAUUUCUCCAGGAUCAAAACUGCUAUCUUAACGCUGGGAAGAUAUCGGUUCUGUUGCGAUUGCUCGAGGACUAUAGGAAGGCAGAACGAAAGAUUCUAAUAUUCUCUCAGUUCACACAGAUACUAGACAUUCUUCAAGCGAUUUUGAAGCUGAAGGACAUUAAAUAUCUAAUUCUGACUGGCUCCACUGCCGUAGAUGUGCGGCAAACGCUUGUGGAUGAGUUCACCGAAGAUGCGUCGAUACCUGUAUUCCUCCUGUCAACGAAGGCGGGUGGUAUGGGUAUUAACUUGACAGCUGCAAGUGUCGUUGUCAUGUUCGACCAGGACUUUAAUCCCCACAAUGAUCGGCAGGCACAAGACCGCGCUUAUCGCAUUGGCCAAAAGCGAGAUGUAGAUGUUGUGAAGCUCAUCAGUCGCGGGACGAUUGAAGAAGAUAUGCUCAGACUUGGGGAAACUAAACUGGCUCUCGACGAAGCGGUGGCAGGAGAAAGUGAGGAAGGCGACGGCGACAAGGGGGCCAGCAAACAGGAAAAGGAGGUUAAGAAGUCACUCAUGGGCCAGUUAAGGAGGCAAUUGGAAAGACAAGAUGGUGCUUCCAUCGGACCUGGACAAAUACCCGCACCGUCCUCUUAA